AUGGCAUCGCAGUCACCGGCUGCCGACUGGGGGCACCUAGGCGGUCUCAGCCCGGCUGAGCAAGUGGAAUACCGAGGUGGAGUUCUGGCGUUCGACGGCAAUCCAGACUUUUCAGAAUCCAAAGUCUGGGCUUACGUGGAAAGCUUCCAAGACAAUAUCCUGAACAUGCACCCCAUCAUCCAGCCCAAGGUGCUGAAUGAAUGGGUCAGACAUUUCCUAGACAGUUUGCCGAGAGUGCAAGCCAAGACGUCGAAACCCCGGGCCUCGAGGACGGCGUUCGCCGUUCGAACUCCCGUGGAAACUACAGGGUCAAAGCGCAAGCGGUCUCCGGAACCUUAUAGGGCCACGAUAGCGGGUGCGGUGAGGGCCGGAAAGCCGGACAGGUCGGUCCACAGCGCGUUGAUCCUAACGGUCCUGGCGCUAGGGAAAGUCUGUCUUUACCGCGACAACGUUCCGGAUGCCCUCCAUCACUCCGAACAGGUCCUGCAUGGUAGUCCAUUUAGCCGCAAUGGAGUGCCGCAGUCACCGAUACAAGACUCCCUCCCCAACCGCGCGACAGAAUCACAGUCGUCUGGCCCGGCUAAACCCAAGGAAUCGGAACGCAUGCCUCCGGGUAGACGGUCGUCCGGUCACGGUCAGGGUCAGGUCCUCCAGGGCUAUGACAUGAAGAAGAACUAUGAAGUAAUUCUAGGCCUGGAGUACUUCGCAUUAGCUACAGACAUCCUGGGGAACUACCUAGGAGCGUACAACAGCAUGGGUAUUGUGUAUACCAACAUAUUCGCGGGGCUUUAUUAUGGCCAAUUGGCACGACCCCUCGAGAGUUUCGCCUUUAUUCAUGCAGCUGGCCACAAGCUUCAAGCCUUUUUGCGACCGAGCUUUAGCAAAUUGAGGGGACUGAGAGAAAAGAAUGAGUUACCUAAGGACACGAGGUCCAACCAGUUCGCCUUGGCGUUUUGGACAUGUCUGCAACUCGAAAGUGAUUUAAUUGCCGAGCUGCCCCUGCCUCACUCCGGACUCCUCUCCUAUGAGAACGACAUGCCGCCUCCCAACUUGAGCCUCAUGCUCCUUCACGGCUUUAACCAAGAGGUUCUGGAGAGCUAUUCAGCACAGCUCGCCCUGAGAACUCAUCUCAACACCAUUCACAGGACAUUUUAUGCGCCCGAUAGCGGCAUUGAUUCGAGAUCCUUCCGUCUGGGGAACUGGCUUGAAACCGCCUCGACGCUUUCCGACGUGGUCUCAAGCUUGGAGCGGGUCACAUCCCACUUUGCCAUCAAACCAGGUGACCCCCCGGCCGGUGACAUCCUCAGCGCUCGACUGCGAGGCAAGUACUGGGGUGCCCAGGCUAUCACAUAUCGUCCUUUCAUCCGCAUGGUGCUCGAGCGGAAGCAAUUCCUUGCGGCUGUAGAACCGUCACUCUAUCAACGCGUGAUCGAGCACGCGCAAAGAGGGAUCGAAGCCCUUAUAGAAAGCACAAGAGCCUUUCACGGUCUCGGAAACCUGCGUCCCAUUGUGACCAACGUUUUUGGUACCGCCCACGCGUAA